AUGACUACAAAGUAUCCCUCCACGAUGAGCUGCACCGAGGCUUUUGAUCAGCUCAGUGCUUGCUAUUCGGUCGGUGGCCAGUUCCGGAACUACUACAGGUUUGGCGAAUUCAAUGCGUGUAUGAAGCAAUUGGAAAAGUUCAAGUUCUGUAUUCUACAUGGUACGGACCCUUUAGAGAUCCAGCGGUGGUAUCAGAAACAGGCCGAACUGAACGCAAAGCAACGUGGCAGCUCCGAAGACGUUUGGCAGGAGAGAAAGAGUAGCUGA